UCAGCGGUCACACUGAAUUCCACGUCAAGGCGCCGAAAAAAACACGACUUGCAUUUAUUUACGGUAAUUGGAAAUAAAUUGAAUUUAAAAUGGUGAGCCUGCUGCAGGAAAUCGACACCGAGCACGAGGACAUGGUCCACCACGCCGCUCUGGACUUCUACGGCCUCCUCCUGGCCACCUGUUCCUCCGACGGCAGUGUUCGCAUUUUUCAUUCGCGCAAAAACAACAAGGCUCUGGCAGAACUAAAGGGCCACCAGGGGCCCGUGUGGCAGGUGGCAUGGGCACAUCCCAAGUUUGGCAACAUUCUGGCCUCUUGCUCGUACGACCGCAAGGUGAUUGUGUGGAAAUCGACAACGCCCAGGGACUGGACCAAGCUCUACGAGUACAGCAAUCAUGACUCCUCGGUGAAUUCAGUUGAUUUCGCCCCCCAUGAGUACGGUCUGGUGCUGGCCUGCGCCAGCUCCGAUGGCUCCAUUUCGGUGCUCACCUGCAACACGGAGCACGGAACCUGGGAUGCCAAGAAGAUACCGAAUGCUCACACCAUUGGGGUGAAUGCCAUUUCGUGGUGCCCGGCCCAGGCCCCAGAUCCGGCAUUCGAUCAGCGCACCACCUCGCGCAAUCCGGCCAUCAAGCGCCUGGUGAGCGGUGGCUGCGACAAUCUCGUGAAAAUCUGGCGUGAGGACAACGAUCGCUGGGUGGAGGAGGAGCGCCUGGAGGCCCACUCCGACUGGGUGCGCGAUGUGGCCUGGGCGCCAUCGAUUGGUCUGCCACGCUCGCAGAUAGCCACGGCCUCGCAGGACCGUCACGUGAUCAUCUGGAGCAGCAAUGCGGAUCUGACAGAGUGGACAUCCAGUGUCCUGCACACAUUCGACGAUGCCGUCUGGAGCAUCUCCUGGUCAACCACCGGCAACAUCCUGGCCGUCACUGGAGGCGACAACAACGUCACACUGUGGAAGGAGAACAGCGAGGGUCAGUGGAUCCGCAUCAACUACGAGUCGGGCACCACCAUUCAAGCCAAGCCGCAGCAGCCCCACCAUCCUCACCUUUCACAACAGCAGCAGCAGCAGCUGCAGCAGCAAGAGCAACCCGGACAGCAACAGCAGCCGAAUGCCGCUCUUUCCGACUCGGAGCACAGCUCCAAUCUAUCCAAUUCGAACUUGUCCAACUCCCAGCUCUCCAACUGAGCAGCGGUCUGCCACGAUCCUAGCUAAAGUCCCCUGUCAAAUGUUAUCCCCCACAUACACGCAUACAAUAUACGAAAAUCUAAUGUCCCCUA